AAACACCCACCGCUCGAACAGUCUCCCAACCGAUAUACGCCCAAUCGACACAGCUUCAAUUCAACCGUGCCACAGUCAACAUGCCCUCCGAAGCCCCCGCCCCCUCGCAAGACGUGAAGCGCAAAGCCGCCCGCGAAGUCAUCGACAUCCUGCACGAAAUCGCAACACUUCUCAAUACGCACCUCGAUCGCCAACAGCUCUCCUACUGCGUGUCCUUAAUCGAGAACGGCGCGAAUCCUGAGGCACUCGCGAACGUCAUAAGGCAGCUUCGAGAGGAAUACGCGACGGAUUCUGUCGAUGGCGGAGCGGAGGAAGUAGGCGCGCGCUGACCUCGAAACGACACACUGGUUACAUUGAUGUCGCAUUACCACCCUCGACCCUGUCAACACGACUCUACACUAUAUUCACAAGCCAAAAACGCAUUGUUUCACCGCACUGCGAGAACGAUACUAUUGUUGGCUCCUUGGCACCCGUCUUAUCAGCGAGCUACGGAAAAGUCGCAUGUGAGCAAUAUCCAAGCAUGCGGGGCAACGCACCGGACAUCCCUGCCAAGGGUGUGAAUGCAUCGUUAUCAGUAGGCAACCCGACAGACCCGAACGACAUCCAUGACGCGAUAAGGUGUGCGAGGGAACCUGGGUGGCAGAACCAGCUAGCUUAGGGCCUGCCUGGUCGUUGGGACCGACUUCAUUUACACAGCUGACGACGACUGAUGGGGCCAAAAGGGAGGUGUAAAUAGUGAUGGAUUGAUAUGGACGCUGAACGAGGGUUCUAUGCGAAGUGAGGGUAUCUCUUGGAAUGGAAAACCGCCC